AUGCCCAGCACCAACCGAUGGUGAGUCUUGCGUGCGAGCUUCCUACUCGGGUAUAUCACUCGACUGACCUGGCCGUACCCUUCAUCGGUGCCGUCCUGCAGGAAUGAGAACCUUCCCGUCAAGGUGAGAGUGGUCAUUGGUCACAUGGGCGUGGGAGGAGCCGUCGGUCGGCCGCGGUGUGCCAGCUGGGCCUUGCAAGCGCCGCUUGCGGACGCGCUGACGAGUUACGUCGCUGACCCCGGCCCAUGCUUUCUUCUCGGCCCACGUUCACUGUCUGCAGCUCGUCAAUGGUCAGCCAAACAUAUGCUGCAUCAAAUUUGAGGCUUCAGUACAAACACUCAUCUUGUCGACCAUUUCGCUUUUGCAGUCGCCGUGUUUAUCUUCCUCUUCGGAACGGGCCUGUAGUAAGUCUUACACCCCGCACCUCGUGCCCGUCACCGCGCGCGCCUUCUCCCCGCCUAAACUCAAACUCGUCCAGAUCCGAGCGCUGACCGAGUGACCCUAUUUACCCCACAUUGAACCUUGUUCCUUCCGCCGCGUGAUGUCCCUUCACCUCUCUCAGUGGCGCCAUGAGCCCUGCUGGUCACGGAGGCAAGGAGACCUAUUUCACCCCCUCCAGCUAUGUCUUCUACACCUGGUGAGUUUGCGCAACCUGCAUCCAUUGCCGUGUGGCACACCCACAGGCGAGGGGAACGGUCGAAAAUAUCUCGAGUGCUUUGAUCAGCACACGGAGUCGCUCGGAACCGCAACUAAUCGCAAAUCUUGCGCGGUUCAUUACAGGUCCAUUAUCGACGUUCUCUUGCUCGGCUACGUCAUCUACCAGUUCUUCGACUCUUCGGCGGACGCCGUCAACGGUAUCGGAUGGCGAUUUGCGAUCGUGGCCAUCCUCAACGCCAUCUUCACCCACGUCUACGUCACGCACCACUACAUCGUCGCCUUCAUCUUCUCCCUCUUUGUCGCUUCGUCCGUCUCGACGAUCUACUACUCGCUCGCGGCCCACUAUCCGAGCCAGGGUACGCUUGAUGCGCUCUUCGUCCAUUUGCCCUUCUCUCUCUGGCACGCGUGGUCGAUCGUCACCAUCUUCAUCUCGGGCUUCGCCGCCUUCACCCACGGUGGACACGAUCACCACCCGUCGGUGACCGUCAAGGUCCUCGUCGUCCUCUCGUCCGCUUUCCUUGCCUCUACCGCUGUCGCGUACUCGUUCAAGAGUCGCCGAGGUGAUGUCGCGGGCGCCGCCGUCCGUGAGUAUGCAAUAACUGGAAUCGGCUUGUGUGGCGUAGCCUUGUACUGAUCUGUAUCAUGGCCUCUUCUCUAUGACAGUCGCAUGGACCUUGUUCGGCAUCUACGACCACCAGCACGGAACUGGCUUGAUCCGCUACUUCGCCCUCGGCUCGUUCAUCGUUUCGUUGCUCGCCAUCCUUAAGUCGCUCUACUUCACCUUCAUCGCCAACGACGGACAGAUCGCUCUCGGCGACAACGAGCGCGCUCCCCUCGUCGGCUAA